UCCCUGUCAGUGUCAUCUGUCAAAAUUUACAUAACAACAUCAAGUAUGAGUGUUUCCAAAGAAUCUAAAGCUUUUGAUUAUGCCAAAAGUCCCGAUGGAGAAGAUGUGUUUCCGAAAUUGGCGGCUAUUUUUAAACCUGUGGCACUCACCGCAUUUGGAGUUUCUACGUUAGACGUUAUGUUGUAUUCACACCCAAAAGGUUAUAUGCAGACUCUUGGACGAUACAUACACUUCAGCUGGCCUAUUUUUGGGGCUGCUACAGCCUUUGUGCUUGGAAGUAACAUAGCGGGAUCUGUGCGGGCCAAAGAUGAUCGACUGAACUGGUUUAUUGGUGGAAUGAUGGCAGGAAGCGUAUAUGGAGUUUGGAGAAGAACAACUGUUGGAGGUUUGGCAGUCGGAGUAGCUUUAGGAAUGUUGGCUGUCGGUAAAAAGUAUGCCAAUUUACAUGGCACUCAUUUGUUGUAUCCUGACAAGUUUAAUGUUCAAUAUGGUGGCUUUCGAUCUGGGCAGCAAGAUUGGACUUUGAUGAAACAUAGGCCAGGGAAUUGGACCACUGGUGAAGAAGGAAAGUGAAUAGGUAUUAUUCUGUAGUUUAUUGUAUAUAAAUAAAAGUUUGUUUAAAUAA